UAUCAAUUUCUAGUGAAUGACAGACAAAUAAUUCAACAGCUGUUUAAAAAAAUAUUUCUGCAUCAUAAAUUGUGAAAUAAAAUAAUAGAAAUAAACUUUUAACAUGUUGCGUCAAACGAUAUCACUUUCUGGUCUUAAGGGACAACAACUACAAAAUUUCUAUAAAGCAGCUCUUUACUCGACCACUACUACAACUCCGCCUGCCUCAACGCCACAAUCGAAACAAAACAUACGACCUUCAGCACUUACAGAUGAAAUUAUACGAGUUGAUCAUGCUGGAGAAUUGGGAGCCGAUCGUAUUUAUGCCGGUCAAAUGGCAAUUUUAGGUAACACUCCUAUGGGUAAAACAAUUGGUCAUAUGUGGGAGCAAGAAAAGGAGCAUCGUCGUCAAUUUGAGGGUUUAAUACGCAAACAUCGUGUUAGACCAACAGUUAUGACUCCGCUUUGGAAUGUAGCUGGUUUUGUAUUGGGUGCAGGCACAGCUUUAAUGGGAGAAAAGGCAGCCAUGGCCUGUACUGUUGCUGUGGAAACUGUGAUAGUGGAACAUUAUAACGAGCAAUUAAGACAAAUUAUGGACUCACCCAAUCCAGAUAAGGAACUUCUUAAAACCAUCACCAAAUUCCGAGACGAAGAACAGGAACAUCAUGACACUGGCAUUGAUUGUGGCGCAGAACAGGCUCCAUUCUACAAGGCCAUGACCGAAGUUAUUAAACUGGGCUGUAAAACAGCCAUUGCGAUAUCGAAAAAGAUUUAAAUUCAUAUGCAUCUUUAACUAAUUUCAACAUUAAGCUUUUAUAUUGAAAAUCAUUCUCGUUGUAUAUAAUUAAUUCGUUUUCUUUUUACUUUCUUUCUUUCAUUUCUAGUUUAAGUUUAUAUUUACUAAAUAUAAGAAUGCAAAACUAUAAUUAAAAAGAAA